AUGAUGGACGCAUUACUAGAAAUUCUGCGAACAUCUACAGAUAAUGAGGAACGAAAAAAAGCAUCUGCACAACUGCGUCAUAUACAAGAAACUACUCCAGAGUCUUUUCUUACAUAUACAUGGGAAGUGAUAUCUUCUCCUGGAGUCCCAACAGCGGUGAGAUUUUUUAUAGCUUCUACAGUGGUGGAGUUUGUGGAGCAAUCAUGGCAUAAUGGUGUUCCCAAAGAAAUUCAAUUUAAUAUGAUUGAUUGUUAUUUGCAGUUAUUGUUAACAGAGACAUUUCCAUUACUCGCGUUGAGCCGAAAAGUGGCCGUUGUGUUAAGUUUAAUGGUAAUGCGAUGUGGUGUGAAGGCAGCCCCAGGGGCAUUACCAACACCAAUGGAGCGAACAGCCACAUUAUUAGCAGAUGCGGCUAUUCGAUCUGCUUCUAAUAAUAAUAAUAAUAAUAAUAAUAAUAAUAAUAAUAAUAAUAAUAAUGUGAAUACAGUAGGAUUUACAACACAGACUCUUUUAGCACUUCAUAUCUUUCUCAAGGAAGCACAGAAAAAACGUAUUGGUGGUGUAUUUCCUAAACUAUGUAAGCUUCUCGUUCCUGUUAUGUCGACUCUCUUUUCAGCAAGUACAUCAUGGGAUCAUGUAGAGCAUUAUCUUCCUUUCCUUUACUUGUUGAAAUGUGCCCUACGUGUUUUUGGUUUUGGUGUAUUUGAAGUGAGUUUUUAUCCAUACUUGUUAGAAACCACAUGGAGACUCGCAAGGGCCUUAAGUACAAUGGACCAACAAUCUCAACAACAACAACAAUGCUGUCAACGUCUAUUAGAAUAUGCUAUAAAGGUACAAGCCAAGAUGGUUAGUGUAUUUCCUUCACGUUUACAAGAGUUAACCCUUUCCUUUUUUAUUCAAGGACCACAUAAUGGAAAUCCUGAUGUUUCUCUUUUUGGUUUAAUAGAUGCUAUUCUGUCUAGUCCAGUUGGUGUUGUAACAACAGAGAAGAUGUUAUGUCGUUCUCUACGACUUCUUACAACGAUGUUUUCUGCAGAAGACUCGGAUACUUUCACGGCGGGUUGUUUAACAACACUUGCCAACUCUUCAUUACUUGCACAUAUGAUGGAGUCUGUGAUGAUGCGACUUGCAGAUGACACGAGUGCGACUUGUUUGCGGGCGUGGGAUGUGCAACCGGAGGUGUACGCUGCAGAAUUGGAUGUGGAGUUGGAUGAUGAGAAUUCUGUAACGAGUUGUGCAGAGGAGUUGUUGUUGGCGUUAACGGGAUCUACACAUUGUGCUGCGGUGAGUUUAACAGUAGCGUGGCGUAUUAUUAAUAGUUUGUUGGAGAGUGGUGAUGUGGGACAAGUAACAGCCGCACUGCAUGCUAUUGGUAUAUGUUACUAUACAAUGUCUGUUGGACAAGACCCGGAAAGUUAUCUUGCAUUUCUUACAGGAAAACUUCUCCCACUUAUUACAAAUGCUGCUGCUACUAAUAGUAAUAGUAAUAAUAAUAAUAGUGUUUCCCAAACUUCACCCUUUGUACUGCGGCGUGUAGUGUGGAUUGUUGGGAUGUGGUGUGAGUCUGUUUGUGAUGUUCAUAUGCGUCGUCAAGUGCAUAUGGCGUUAGGAUCUCUUUUACAACCGACAACACACACAGUCGUAUUGUUGUGUACACUCCGCUCUAUUGGAAACUUCAUUGAUGACUCUAAUUUCACCUCUGCAGAGAUGACUCCAGAGUAUGUGCAUACUAUAUUAUUAGCAAUUCAACGUCUUUUACCGCAGUUACAUUCACCAUCUAGUGUAAAGGGACUUUCUGCUCUUGUGUAUGCGAUGAUUACACGUGGUAUUCUUGAUGUUGGUACUGGAGAGUUAUUGCUUGAUGUUUUACUCCCAGCGGUGUAUCGCUUUGUAAGUGAGGCGGAAACUACUGUAAAUGCCAGCAAUAAUAAUAAUAACAAUAAUAAUAAUAAUAAUAAUAAUAAUAAUAAUAAUAAUAAUGAUGAUGAUGAUGAUGAAGAAAAGGAAGAGUUUGAUGCUGGAGCAAUGGGAAUGUUAUUAGAUUGUGUUGGGGCCUGUGCCUCUAUUGCGGCACCAGAGUUAAGUGAUCGUCUGUGGUCGUUAUUUCCAACAGUUGUGGUUCCAUGCACAGUAAUGGGCGGUAAGUUAACAAUAUGGGUAGAGGAUCACGCAUGGGAGUUACUCCUCACAAUGUCUCGAGCAGCGUAUGUUUGGAAUUCAUUUACACGAGAUGCUCUUUUAUGGUGUUUAGAGAAUAUGAAACGGGAUAUGUCUCUUUUACAUAUUGUGGUUCGAUGUGCUUAUACAUUAUUACUACUCUCUCCUGAACCGAUGGAGUUUAUUUCGUCUGGGUUAAUUGAUCACGCGGUGACGGUAUUCACACAAACACCAUCAAGUGAAUUGGAAUCUGCAUACUUUGCAUUAUUAGGCGUUAUUCUAAGGCGAGGCGAUACAUCUCUACGAUGUCAUUUUCUUCAUUCUGCACUUCAUCCUUUUCUUUCCUCCGAUUCUGUUCAAUCCGAUUUGUUUAGUAUACAUUUAGGGAUUCUCCUUGCCUGGUGUGUUCCCCCUUUUGGGGAUGAUAGAGCUUUAACUGUAUUGGCUCAGGUGGUAUCUCAACAUGUAAAUGCGGCAUCUUUUGCAGAGCGUAUUGUUUUACUUGUGGAUGUUUCCCCAAGUGAGUUGGUGACAAAUCAAUUGAUUGGAUUAAUGCGAUUGAUGCUGCAACAACUGCAACCGUUACUGCAGGCAACAGAUGUGCAAAUGUUGCAACACGUCAUUGCAGGGGUGGAGACGAGGGAAGCAGAAAAACAAGAAAAGUUAAUAAAGAAGAAGAAACACAUCAUUGGUGAUAAUAAUAAUAAUAUGGAGGAGGAGGAGGAUGAUCUGAUACGUGAUCCUGCAGAGAUGUUACUGGAACUUUUUGGUGAUGAGUCUGUUUCAAAUAAAUCUCCGCAUAUACAUCGACUUUUGUCUUUGUUUGGGAUGAACGUAUAA